UUUAAAACGCUCUCCGGGGACCGAAACGCAUCCUCUGUCUCUUUCUUUCUCUCUUUGUUUCCUUCCAAGCCAAAGCCCUAAUCUCUUUCUCUUCCUUUUUUUUUCUGCAAUCGCAUCCGUGAAAAUUUUCAAUGCUUCCUCACUCGUACACCGUCGAUUCCCUUUCCCAAUCCCAAGACCUCGCCUCGGCAAUCCUCGCCUCCACUACUCCCGCCCAAAUCUCCGCCACUUGUGCUUCCACCGACACCUUCCUACGCACGCACACACCCGAUCAGUCCCGCCAUUUCUUCUCCAUCACCUUCCCAACCCUAAUCUGCAAACUCUUCGGCUUCGAUGAUGCUACGUCACUGGCCCCACCUCCACCGCACCAAAAACCCCAGCGAUCUCAGUCCAACGGCUGGAUCGAACUUGCGACCCAAUCGAACCACCCAGAUUUAUCCUCCAAACUCUUCUCCCUCCUUUCCCCAAACGGAACCUUGAUGAACUCAAUUUCAGCGGUUGAUCGACAUUCCCUUGUCAAAUACGUGUUCCCAGUUGAACGGCUCCCGGAGUGGGUCCGGUUCAUGCUAUCCAAUGAAAAAGAUUGCCGGGUUUUAUCCGAUUUGUGCCCUUUGUUUAAAGGUAAAGUCAAAGAAGAUUCAAUUAAGGGCUCUUUAUGCCAAAUUCAAUUGGAUGUUUUCGAAUAUUAUAUGUUUUGGUUCGCUUAUUAUCCAGUUUGUAAAGGAAACAGCGAGAAAUUGGACUCGAAUUCAGUAAAAAGAAGCAAGAAAUUUAGGUUAGAGAAUUGGACAUACUCAAUUCGGGGGUUUUCAGGGUCAAAUAAACGUGAAAUGGAACAAAAAUUUGAGCCUAAUCUUUAUAUACAGCUUUUAUAUGCGUAUCUUCGUGCAUUUGUGCCUAUAUUUGAUUUGGGUGCUCACCAACCUUAUCGUAGUUCAAUUUUGAAUUACUCUUUGAAGUGUGACGGUUCAGUUAUAUUUCGUGCUGAGUUUUUGGUCAACGUUUUCGAGCACUAUUGGUUGGUUGAUAAUGAUUUUUCGCCAUUGCCUGUUAAUGUAUGCAAAUCAUUUGGUGUGUCGUUUCCGUUUAGGUCAGUGUUGGGGGAGACCCUACCAACAAGUGGGCUGGGUGAGGUGGUGAAGUUGUUUGUGAAGUACUUGAAUUUGAGCUCAGUGGUAAGCACGGAUGGGUUUGACAGUAUUAAGUAUAGUGAAAGCCCAAGCAGGAGGAUUUCUGGUGGUUUUGAUGGUGGGAAGUCGAGGGAUGUUGUUUCUCUGUCGCCUGGUGCAUGUUCUCUCGGUUCUUGGAACCCGUGGAUACAAAGGCCGUUGUAUAGGUUUAUACUGAGAACAUUCUUGUUUUGUCCUGUUGGAAGUUCAAUCAAGAAUGCAUCCCAGGUAUUCUCUGUAUGGGUUAGUUAUAUGGAGCCUUGGACAAUCAGCUUGGAUGAUUUUGCAGAGCUUGAUGCAAUUGUGAAUGGAUCAAGUAAAGAUGUGAGGAAGCAGGAACCACAGUCUCAAGCUUCUGAAUAUUCGCCAUUAUGGCAGGGCUAUGUGUUGUCUAAUUAUCUAUACUACAGUUCACUGGUUAUGCAUUUUAUUGGGUUCGCACACAAGUUCCUUCAUACAGAUCCAGAAGUAAUAGUCCAGAUGGUAUUGAAGGUUAUAAACUUGUUGACAUCCUCUAAAGAGCUGGUUGAUCUUAUAAAGAAUGUAGAUACUGUUUUUCAUUCUAAGCAAUCUGUAUCAAGCAAAUCAACACUCAAUAGCUUGUAUAGAUUUGUUCCUUCAAUUCGUGAACAACUGAAGGACUGGGAGGAUGGGUUAUCUGAAAGUGAUGCUGAUGGAUCUUUCUUGCAUGAGAACUGGAACAAAGAUCUGAAACUCUUCAGUGAUGGGGAAGAUUGCGGACACCAACUACUUCAGCUGUUUAUAUUGCGUGCAGAAGCUGAGUUGCAAGCAAUUUCUGGUGAUAAUUUUGCGCAUGGCCUUCAGUUGAUAGAUUCAUUGAAAGCAAAAGUGGGCUGCUUGUUUGGUGGCUCUACGGUUAAGCCAAUUCCUAUUUCACCUGAAUUGAGACAGCCUCAGCACUUCCGUGAUGAAAUCUUCAAGCCCAGAAGAGUUGGCAACCAACCAUUGGCUAGUAUCACGUACAAGGGUGACUGGAUGAAGCGACCAAUCUCUGAUGACGAGGUUGCAUGGCUUGCGAAGCUGCUUAUCUGGUUAUCCAGUUGGUUGAACGAAAGCCUUGGGCUAAACUGCCCAGAAAAUAGCGAUGUGGGUUCCAAGUGGUCCUAUGUAGAUGUCCCAGGUAAUACAGCAAACGUGUGUGGACCAGGCGAGGCAGUGAAAACUCUGGUUUGCUUAAUUGGUUCUUGGCUUCUUAUGCUGGGUACAACGACGGUGAGAUUAAUGAGAAAACAUGGUUUAAAGAUAAAUCUUAGGGUGUUGGCUUCCAAGAAGGUGGUGAUGGUGAUGCUCUUAUUUGUUGUGUUUAAUAUACUAAAGAAAGCUUUUGGAUUGUUUCGUUGCUAGAGUACAUGAAACAAGAAAAGUAGGGAGAAAAUGGUACAUAAAACGUGAAAAAAAAGAAAAGAAAA